AUGCGCCUGUCUCCUAUGCCAGCUCAAUCUGUAACGGCUUCUCCAUCCUUAAGUCCUUGCAAACGAUCGAUAUACGAGGUAGAAGGGGAGGGAAAUCCUCCCUCGAGUCCAAAACGUUCCUUUCCGGAUACCUCGAACGAAAAUCAGGAAAACAGGGAUCCGUCUCUUCCUUUGCACCCGAAAGAGUCACUGUCGCCAUCGGGCAGGCAAUCUUUCGUGGUUGAGAUACCCGCCAUGAAUAGUGAUCAUGUGUCCACGGUGGCACCUGCCGCCGGCGGCUCUAUACAAUCAAACCUUACCCAGCAUAUGGACGAUGGUUCCCCUAUCAAGUCCGAUACUACUAUGACUCCUGCCGCUAAAAAACGCAAGUUAUCUCCAGCUAGCCAGCAGGCCAAACAGCAAGAGAAGGAGCAGAAGGAACGACAAAAAGCAGAGGAAAAGCAUAAGAAAGAGGAAGAUAAGCGCUUAAAGGGAGAAGAAAAGAAGAAGCGCGAGGCUGCCAAAGAAGAAGAGAAACGUCUGAAGGAGGAAGAAAAGAAGAAGCGAGAGGAGAAGAAGAAGGCGAAAGAGGAAGAAAAGGCUGCGAAAGAAGCUGCCAAAGAGGAGGAAAAGCGUCGCAAGGAAGAGGAGAAGCAGAAGAAGGAGAAGGCUCAACCGAAGCUCAACUCCUUCUUUGCGAAACCACGCCUUCCCUCAGUUGCCGCAGGAACAUCUGCGCCGGCGUCUCCGAAAAAGGCCGCUUCUAGUGAUAUUGACACGACUGCAGAGGUUCCUUCCAGUGUCAAGUCCGAUUAUCAGAGAGACUUUCCCGACUUCUUCCUCCAGUCACACACCACUGUCGCACCUCCACAUCGCUUCGAGCGGGACUCGGAAGCUCUGCAACAUGUUCGACAGAAAAUUGAUAGCUAUAUGGCUCCGCAUAAUGCCACGAGUCAACCUAUAUCUUUCAGACCCUCCGAAGUCUUCAACAUCAUCCCAUUCAGCCGUCGUCGAGGUCGGAACAACCGGCCUGUGAAAGAGAUCUUACAAAAGAUUCAGCAUGCAAAUGACGACUCUCUACAACCUGGUGCCAAGCAAGACCCUGCGCCUGUUCAAAAUCUGCAUAAGCUGUUGCGCAAAAUUACGAUCAAGUCGCUCAAAUUUGGAGAAGAUGUGCGCCCGCCUUACCAAGGGACGUGGACGCGAACCGUGCCUGAGCCAGCUGUCAAAAAGCUCUGUCGAAACCCCUACUACCGUGGUCUCCCCGAUAUAAACUACGACUACGACUCCGAAGCCGAAUGGGAGGAGCCCGAAGAAGGUGAAGACCUCAAUUCAGAGGAUGAAGAGGAGAUGAGUGACGAGGGCGAGGAUGACAUGGACGGGUUCUUAGAUGACGAGGACGACGCGCUGGUCGGUGGCAAGCGUCGACUUAUUGUUGGUGACCUGGAACCCGCUAAUAGCGGAAUCCGAUGGGCGGCCGACGGUAUUGACCACAAUUUGAAGACAUAUCAGAUUGAGACGAUAUCAGAUGCAGUGAGCUUCCCGAUCAAUCCAUAUUCCGAAGCAUACUGGGAAACGCCGCGGGCCGAACCAGCCGCAGCCAAGGGACGCGCUGCUGUGAAUGGCUUGGAAGCGUUCGGGGUCAAGCCCAAGUCGACUGUCCCUGCCGUCAGCGCUGCUCUGCCGCCACCGCCGACCACGUCGAAAGCCAAGAAGCCGUUUCCUCAAGAAUCGCUCGAUGAAUUUAAGCAGGCUGUUGACGGGAGCGAUCUUAGUAAGGUUGGACUGGUGGAGAUUUUGAAGAAGAAAUUCCCGAAAGUGUCGAAAGAAACUCUAAAGGCUACCCUCGACCAGGUUGCGGUCCGUGUGGGACAGAAAGAGGUGGACAAGAAGUGGAUGUGCCGAUAA